UUGCACGAUUAAUGCAAGUUAUUUAUUAUUACUAAAUAUAUAGUAAUGGACUUGGAUCUGUCCCGUGCUGAUAUCAUAGAACAGCUCAAAAAGAGGGAGAUCUACCUCCCAAAUGUGGAAAAGAUGCCGCCUGGGCAGCUGGAGGAGAUCUACCGGGGAUUCGUGGUGCCGCGACCCAGAAGAGAGCGGGAUCGCUCCAAUCCCAUUUCGAAUGCCAUGGACAUGGAACAGCUGACGCAGCGCAUCAAGUCGGUGGCCAUGGUGGGGCAGAAACGACCGCACCCAGCGAGCCCCAGCGAUGAUGCUGCCAAGCAAAUCAAGAUGGACCUGCGGUGACCCCAUUGC